UCGGGAUGGGUCAUGUGACAAAGGCGGAAGAGUCCUGUCAUCAAACAGCAGAACUCUGUUUCGAGUACCCGCAAUGACUUGAAGAAAGGACGCGUCAUGUCUGUGCGAAGGAGCGUCUUGAUUCGUGUCGUGUGUCUUCUGUCGUGUUCGUUCUUCGGAUUCGCGGCAGCAGCGCAUCAGACGCAGAGUUUGAACGGGAAAUGGAGCCUAUCAAACUCCAACGGUUCGGUGUCGCUCCCCGCUCAGGUUCCGGGAUGUGUGCACUCCGCUCUGCGCCAGCAGGGACGCAUCCAGGACCCAUAUUUCAGGUUUAAUGAUUUGUCCUAUCGCUGGAUUGCUUAUGACAACUGGACAUACACAACUGUCUUUACUGCGUCCGCACAGCUGAGGGCCAAACAGAAGGUGCUUCUUGUCUUUGAUGGUGUCGACAGCGUUGCAUCAAUUUGGUUGAACGGAAUCUCCAUUGGGACGACGGACAACAUGUUUCGUAGAUAUGACUUUUCAGUGAAGGACUUGCUGCUGGAGAAGGAUAAUGUGCUGAAGGUCAGCUUGAUGUCUCCGGUUGUCUACGCGGCCGAGCAGAGGAACGCUCAUUCAGCCUACAGAGUUCCUCCUGAAUGUCCCCCAGACGUCCAGAAGGGAGAGUGCCACGUCAAUUUCAUCAGAAAAGAGCAAUGUUCCUUUAGUUGGGACUGGGGGCCUUCGUUCCCCACGAUGGGCCUGUGGAAGGAGGUUCGAUUAGAGGGCUUUGACGUCCUGCAGCUCGUCCAGGUUUCCUCUGUUCCUCUACACGAUCACAGCGUUUCUCAGUGGCGAGUGCAGGUCGAGCUUCUUGUUGAUGCCAUUCAGACAACAAGCUGUCAGAUCGCAGUGUCUUUGCCGGAGCUAGACGCCGAGCAGACCUUCCAGACCCAGUUCCUCUCGGGAAGAACCAAGAACACCUUCAUCCUCCCUCUAAACACGAGUGUCCAGGUGAAGCGGUGGUGGCCCAACGGACACGGAGAGCAGCCGUCGUACCGCAUGACGCUCAGAGGUUUUCAGGAUGGCGUUUCACUCCUGAACACGGACUCUAGGGUUUAUUUCCGUACGGUGGAACUCAUCCAGGAGCCGAUCGCUGGCUCCCCCGGCCUGAGCUUUUAUUUUCGCAUCAAUGGGAAACCAGUUUUCCUCAAAGGCUCCAACUGGAUCCCAGCACACUCCUUCCAGGACCAGGUGACCCCUGCUGUCCUAAAGAACCUGCUGCAGUCGGCCAGAGACGCCCACAUGAACGCCCUUAGGGUGUGGGGAGGAGGCGUGUAUGAGCAGGAUUCAUUCUACAGCAUCUGUGACGAGCUGGGCAUCAUGGUUUGGCAGGACUUCAUGUUUGCCUGUGCGAUGUAUCCCACUGAGGACGCCUUCAUCCAGACGGUCAGAGAGGAGGUCGUCCAGCAGGUUCAGCGCCUCAAGUCCCACCCGUCUGUAGUGGUUUGGAGCGGGAACAAUGAAAACGAGGCUGCUUUGGCCAAAGACUGGUUCAACAUCCCGUCCUCCCAGAGGCCCGUCUACACUAAGGACUACGUGACGCUGUACGUGAACAACAUCAGGCAGAUUGUGCAGCACGAGGAUCCCAGCCGCCCGUUCCUCGUCUCCAGCCCCACCAACGGGUUGGAGUCUGAGAGGGAGGGCUGGCUGGCAGCCGACCCGUACGACCCGCACUACGGCGACACGCACUUCUACAGCUACGUUCUGGACUGCUGGGACUGGAGGACGUUCCCUCGCACGCGCUUCGCGUCUGAAUACGGCUUCCAGUCCUGGCCGUCCUUCUCCACCCUGCAGCCGGUUUCCAUCGCAGACGACUGGAGCUACAACAGCGACUUCGCCUCCCACCGUCAGCACCACCAGGACGGAAACCAGCAGAUGCUGCUGCAGGCUGCGCUACACUUCAAGCUGCCCAACGCCUCGGAGCCAGUGGAGAGGUUCACACACACUCUGUACAUGACUCAGGUGAUGCAGGCUCAGUGCGUGAAGGCUCAGACGGAGUUUUAUCGGCGUAGCCGGAGCGAGGUGGUGGGCGGGAGAGGCCGCACCAUGGGAGCGCUCUACUGGCAGCUCAACGACGUCUGGCAGGCUCCCUCCUGGUCGUCAGUCGAGUUUGGUGGGAAGUGGAAAAUGCUGCAUUAUUUUGCACAGGACUUCUUUGCUGAUGUUCUUCCUGUCGGGUUUGAGGAGAACAACGCGCUGCUCAUUUACGCCGUCUCAGACCUGAGUCACGACCUGAAGCUCAGGACUGUGGUGACCGUCUUCUCCUGGGCUGAUCUGGACCCCGUGUGCACGCUGACCUCAGACCUGGUCUUGGUCCCGGGGGGCAGCGCCGUGCCCAUUCUCAAGCAGCCAGUGUCCAGCCUGCUGGCAGGAUGUGGGCGCUGCACCCGACCCACCUGUCUGCUCACCUUCCACCUGGAGGAUUCCAGUCGCGUCCAGCAGGGCCCCCGCAACCACCACUUCCUCUGCUCCCCCAAAGACGCUCAGGGCCUCCAGAGACCAAACAUCACUGCCAAGGUGCAGGAGGAGAAGACUGGCUUCAGCGUCACCCUCCACUCGGCCUCACUCGCGCCUUUUGUUUGGCUCGACGUGGGAAACAUCCCCGGACGCUUCAGCUCCAACGGCUUCCUGAUGGUUUCUAAAAACACGACGGUCACGUUUAAGCCUUGGCGUCCUACCAGCGUAGCCGAGCUCUCCCAGGCUCUCAGCAUCACGUCUUUGAGGGAUGUGUACUGACCUGAGACCAGCCAGACUCCGUGCUGAGGAUUCACACAUCACAUGAAGCGUCUUAAAGAAGGGUGUUUUUGUUUUUGUCAGAAACAGGUAAAGCCGAUUUGCCUUUUUUUUUUUUUCUUUUUUUUU